AUGGCUCUCCUCAAAGCAUCACUAUGGCAUUUGUUAGCACUUGUCUCCAUAUUGGCUCUUCACGUCAGUGCUAAGGAUGAUGGAUAUAGCUCUCCCUCACCUUCAUCUCCUCCCUAUGAGUACAAAUCACCACCAUAUAUGCACAAACCUCCUCCUUACGAGUAUAAGUCGCCACCAUAUAUGCAUGAACCACCACCCUACGAGUACAUGCCACCACCAUAUGUGUACAAACCACCUCCCUACGAGUACAUGCCACCACCAUAUGUGUACAAGCCACCGCCGUAUGUGUACAAGCCACCACCCUAUGUGUACAAACCACCGCCGUAUGUGUACAAGCCACCUCCACAUGUGUACAAACCACCUCCAUAUGUCUACAAGCCACCGCCAUAUGUCUACUCAUCACCACCACCACCACCUUACAAGUACUCCUCCCCACCACCUCCACCAUAUAAGUAUACUUCACCACCUCCCCCGCCAUACGUCUACUCUUCACCUCCACCACCACCGUAUAAGUAUACCUCACCACCACCUCCACCAUAUAAGUAUACCUCACCACCACCUCCACCAUACAAGUAA